CGCAGGAUUUAUUUUCCCUUCUUUCAGUACCUUCGCACGAUUUUUUUUUUUCCACCGCGUAAAGUACAACAUUGUGAAAUCUGAUCUGUAGUUUCUCCCCCUAUUUAAAAAACGACGUUCGCCGGAACAAGAUGGCAUUGGGAACAAGCAUCGGCGUGGUAAACAUGGUCCCUCAAGAAUACCGACUUCUCCGGAAGUGCAGCAAGCCAGGGAAGAACUACUUUUUGUUGGGAUGCUCGAUCCUACUUGUCUCCCCCGAGGUGCAAGUCGACGGCAAGCUGCUCUUGAAGAAAGGUCGUCGUAGCACCGCCGCAGAAGCUACUAGUGCUCGUACGCGGCAACAAACAAGUCUGCUACAAAAACAAAACCAGAAAGAAGCGAAAGAGCAGCCGGCGUACAACAGUCCAACCGGAGGAUGCUGUGCCGGGCUUUUUGGAGGUGCAAAUAACCGAGUUCCUGCGGUCGCGGUCGAUGGCGUGAUUUCUGCGGGCGGGAGUGGUGUGGGAGUAGGUAAAGGGCUGCUGAAUGCUCCGGGCGCGGUCCCGCCUCGGGGAACAAACCAAAAUGGAAGUAGGACAACCACUACCGACAUCUACAACCUCCGGCAGCUGGAGAACUCCUUUACCAACCCCCUGUCGGAUAAAUUUUUCCCCGCCGGUGUAUCCAAGGUUGAAACCUCGGACAGCAACCCGAAGCGGUUCGAAGUCAUCGAAUCGAAACUCAUCGUGUCCUCGAGGAGCUACUCCGCGUCCAGUGGGACAACGCGGGGACGGGGGCGUCGUUCCACGACUUCAAGACGCACGCGGUGGUAAACCGGAAUUUUCAGGAUUACUCCGCCGCCGAAGGGAACGGAAAUUGGAAGAUGAAGACGAUUCAGAAAGGCGGGACCAGUGCAUCAAGUGCUGACAAUAACACGAACCUGUGGAAACUCGAAACGCGGUUUUUGAAGUUCCACUACGACCCUUCAAAAGUUCGCUCCCCGCUGGAAACCGACUGGACGAAGGGGCUGGUUUUGCUGCAGAGAGAACCCGACGUGGAAGGGGAGGAGCGGAUUGUGUAUGGAAACUGGUCCCCUCAAAACCCCUACGCCGGGUCCCUGCUCGGCACCAUCAAGACCGGGGAAAACUUCCCGCCCGGCACGGGCGCGAAGUACAACGAGCGCAUGCUGUUGAACUGCGCGGAGGAAAAGAAAAAGCUGCUGCAGCAGGGCAACGAGUGGGUGUUCGCCUGCGGCCAGGGCCAGGGGCCGGGGUGCGAGGACCUGAAGGCGAUGCACUGCGUGAUGGGGGUUCUCAGCCGCGGCGAAAACGGCGGG